UCUUGAAAAGAGACCCGAGAAGUGGGAAAAAGAAUGAAUUGAAUCUGCCGUCGAGGUACAGGGAGAAAACGAGAAUUUCGUGGUGGAAAAGGACCUUCCCCCAUUUCCAGAAUUUCGAAAAACUGUAAAGAAACGAAAAGCGGAACCGGAAUUUCUGGUGUCUCAGAGAGCUGUUUCGGUUCUUGUUUUCAAUUCGCCAUUGCAGAGAGUUCCGGAAAAGCGUCGAGCCUUGUGGUCUCCUUUCGCAGGAGAGCCUUCUUUUCUUGAAGAGAGGCUCUUGCUUCUCGACUUCUCUUUUGCUUUUUUCCUUUUGCCUUUUGCUUUUUCCUCUUCUGGGUCGUCGGGUCUUGCUCGUUAGUGGGGCCCCGAGUUUCUUGGGCGGGGGGAAGGAGAUGGCGAGGCCGUGGAUGCUGGCGCUGCAGCUGUCGGAGCUGUGCGUGAGCUCGGUGGUGCAUUUGCUCUACGGGUUUUACAUAUUCAGCUCGGCCGUGGCCGGGGAUCUCUCGCAGGCGUUGUACGAUUGCCUCUUCUUCAGCUUGAAGCAUAACGUGAACACCCAAGAAAUUCCUAAAGACACCUCGCCCUCAUCGUCUUCGUCAUCGGCAUCGACCAAUGUCGUUGAUCUUCCUCCAAUCGUCCUGGUCCACGGAAUUUUCGGAUUUGGGAAAGGGAAAUUGGGAGGCUUGUCCUAUUUCGCUGGGGCGGAGAAGAAAGACGAGAGAGUUCUGGUGCCUGAUUUGGGGUCUCUCACCAGCAUUUACGAUAGGGCCCGCGAACUCUUCUAUUAUUUAAAAGGCGGGCAGGUCGAUUAUGGUGAAGAACACAGUAAAGUCUGCGGGCACUCGCAGUUCGGACGGAUUUAUGAACAAGGGCAUUACCCUGAAUGGGAUGAAGAUCAUCCUAUUCAUUUUGUCGGGCAUUCAGCAGGAGCACAGGUUGUUCGUGUUUUGCAACAGAUGCUAGCUGAUAAGGCAUUUAAGGGAUAUGAGAACACAUCUGAGAACUGGGUCUUGAGCAUUACUUCGUUGUCUGGAGCUUUCAAUGGGACCACUAGGACCUACUUGGAUGGAAUGCAACCUGAGGACGGGCACUCCAUGAAACCAAUUUGUCUGCUUCAGCUUUGCCGUCUUGGAGUGAUAAUAUAUGAUUGGUUUGACAUUCCCUGGCUUAAACAUUAUUACAAUUUCGGAUUCGAUCACUUCAACAUGUCGUGGAAGAAAACGGGCGUAUGGGGUCUGGUUGACUGCCUAAUGGGGAAUGCAGGCCCAUUCGCUUCAGGGGAUUGGAUUCUCCCUGACCUUACAAUCCAAGGGUCAAUACAACUCAACAGUCAUCUGCGUACUUUUCCUGACACAUACUACUUCAGCUACGCUACGAAACGUACUCGGAAGAUCAUGGGAGUUACUGUUCCAUCAAGCAUACUUGGGAUCCACCCUUUGCUUUUUAUAAGGGUGUUGCAGAUGAGCCAAUGGCGUCAUCCUUCAGAUGUUUCCCCGCCUUACAAAGGUUACAGGGACGAGGAUUGGCGGGACAAUGAUGGAGCAUUGAACACCAUAUCUAUGACACACCCGCGUUACCCAGUUGAACACCCAAGUCGUUUUGUUCAGAGUGAUUCCGAAUGCCAACCUCUGCAGUCUGGAAUCUGGUACUACAAGAUUGUGGAAGCAGAUCACAUCUUUUUCAUCAUAAACCGGGAGAGAGCCGGAGUUCAAUUCGACCUUAUGUAUGACAGCAUCUUCGAACGCUGCAGAAAGCACGUCUUCCGGAAAAACCCACCUACACUUCCCAAUCUAGCCCACCAAUAGCAUGGAAACAUUCAAAGAGGCUAGAAAUGUAUGAGGAAACCAAUGCGUUUCAUGCGGCGAUAUAUUGCACUUUUUUCAUGUAAAUGCAGAGAUUCUGUCAUCCUAAUUCUUGUUUAUAGCCCUUUUUAGCCUACCCGGAAAAUUACAGCCUUAGUAAACAAACCGAUCUGUCAUUUACUUGGUGUUAAGCUUUCUGCAUGACUCGAAAGGGAUACGGUGAGCCGAGGUCGAA